AUGGAGGAGUUAAUGAAUUGUGAGGUUCCUGUGGCGAGGGAGAGGUCGAGGUCUCCAAAGGAUAAGCACGUUUCUGUGGACACAUACCAAGUGUUCGAAGACCUCGUGGACUGUCAGACUAGCGGGGGCGGCACUGAUCCGAUUGAGUUCGACAAGUUUUUCGACUUUGGGGUGCCUCUGAAAGAGCAAACAUCAGUUAUGGUUUGUUUGGGAGAUCAGCACCCGGAUACUACAAGCCCGAGCCGUGAAUGA